UAACGGUUAAAGUUGGUAAUUUUGAGUCGGCAUUAACUAAACCGUUAAUUGUUAGGUUUCCUUUGCCGACCUAUCGUGUGAAAGUGUGAAAUAUAUAGAGUAAUUAUUGUUAUUGUUGUGUUGAAGUUCGUGGUAUUUGGAUCAUGUAUUCGUUGUUGGUCUUCUCACUCUCUUUCUCAUGCAUUGCUGGUCAACUGUUAUCGAACAAUGGAAAAGAACCGUUAACUAGGCGAGAAAUAACUUAUACCACGAACAUUUUCCAUAGCAACCCAUAUUUUCCAGACCAAGAAGCCGAGAGUAACAUCCAAGUAGAAUUGGGAAACUAUAAAUCUAAACCCUCUAGUUACCAUAAACCUAGAUCUUUGGUAACGCGAACUCAUAGGCCCUAUAAAGUAGAAGAAAACAAGCCACCGCCCAGAGCCAAACCAGUUAAAUAUUACGACCAACACUAUCAAGGAAGUACCCAGCAUAGUACUAAAAUAAUUCCAAAACAUCCCGGUAGCCAGUUGUUUAAUGUUGGAUACAGUAUGAGUUUUUCCAAAGGACCGAAGAAAUCUAAGCCCGUAAAAGAUGAAGAUCCAGAAAUUAUAAGAGGGACAAACACUGGACUAGUUCAGAAACCAGAUUCACAAGAAUACGUUGCGAAUUCAAUUUCAGAUAACAAAAGAUCUAGACAGAAAGGAAAACCCAAGCAAAAUAAGUACCGUUCGCCGUAUGCCGAUACAGAAGACCCCGAAGUACUAUUACUUUCCUCAAAAACUAGGCAAUCUUAUGCAGGAUUAGCGCGUCCCCAGCCAAUUUCUGGUUUUAAGUAUGACGAGCCAUCGCUUAAAAAGGAAAGGAACGGAGCAAGGCUCCCGUUAAAAGUUAGUCUAGAUACCAAUCCUAAAUAUUCUCAUUCUGGUGAACAACAGAAUAUACACGAAGAAAUGGUUCAAUUUUUAAAUUCAAGACCAUCUGCAAAUACAGGAGACCAAUCCGUAAAAUCUUCUUCCUUUGGCGAUGACACUUACUCCCAGACUGGUACAUCAAAUUCGUACAGUCCGAAACUCCAAGGUCAGAACAAUCAUAAAGGUUACGAAGAAUCAGACGAAGGAAAUUAUCAAGAGCAUAGAUCAGUAGUCCGUACUAAUCAAAGAAAUAAAGUUCAAUUUUCUCAAAAACCACAAAAUCAGCAACAACAAAAAAUAAAUUGGAAAACCAUAGGUCCAAAUGUGGAAAUUUACCACAGCCCUGAACUUCCUCCCGAAAACUUCAAAUUUGAUCCGUCUGAACAUUUGGAGCAGUCCAAAAAAUUCGAUCACGCCCGAGCACUGGGCCGCAGCCAAGGUUUUGAUUACAGCAACGCAGUUGGUGUUCAAAAUUUUCAGAUUGCAAAACAAAAUGUAACAGAAACAUCUGCCGAAGACAGUAGUUCUGUUGAGGACUUUUCUAGCCAACAACUGGCACAGCCCACUUCCACUUUUACUCAAACGCAAAAUCCAAAUCCGAAUUCUUUUAAUCUACACACCUUUAAUUAUGAUGUCAAUCAAUCUCCACAGAUUCUAGGAGCUUCCGCUGCAGCACUUACAUCAAGUGCACCUCUCACCCCUAAUUUUAAUGUUAUUCCCAUCGAUGCAAGUCUGAUUCCCACGCAUUUUGAUACUACACUCCUACAACUAGCUCCUCAAAAUGAUCAACAAUCGCUGUUUCAGAGUGGAGGCAAUUACAUACCACAAUUUACUGAUUUCUCACAGCAAGGAUUAAAUAAUCUACAAUUUGGUACAGGCAUAUCUUCUUUUUCGAAUAAUCUUCCACUUACUCAAAAUAUGCCUUUUGUUAUUAAGCCAAGCGAGAACCCAAGUGAAUACCUUAAUUACAUGCAAAAACAAGCGCAACAAACCGAUGGAUUCGCUGAACAGAGUUCCAAACAAAAUCACCAUCAAAAGUACGUAAAGCAUACCGAUCCAUCUGAAUCCGCUAAUCAGAAGGCAAACGCCGUCUCAAGAUCUCCUGUUACUUUUAAAAGUGACCAAAAUGACAAUAAUGGGGAAUCAUCGGUCAGAAAACCAGUCGCUGUAAGGUACGAGUAUCAUCCUCGCAAAGGCGGAAAUUCGUGGCCAUCACGUUCAAAUGAAAAAAACAGAAGAUAUUCUGUCAGAGUUUAGUUUCAUACUACUAGAAAUUUUAAGUAUUGACGGUAAGAUGUCCGGGAGACUGAAGAACUCAAAACUAACCUAUAUUCUGUCAUGGAAAAAAAAUCCUUUUUUUAUGUGAAUAUGGUCACAGUAUUAUAAACUAAUAUAAUGAAUAACGAUUCCGUAUGCAUAUCAUAUACUAAAAGUUUUACACUAACUUUUUAACUUGUCGACACUUAUGUUUACUUUUGUACCUUCGCAUAAUUUUGUUUACU